AGAAGAAGAAGAAGAAGAGGAUGAGGAUGAGGAUGAAGAAGAAGAAGAAGAAGAAGUAGGAUGAAAAUAAGAAGAAUUCCAAGCCGGCAAAAAGAUGAGGAUGAGGAUGAAGAAGUAGAAGAAGAAGAAGAAGUAGGAUGAAAAUAAGAAUUCCAAACCGGCAAAAAGUGUAUGUGCAGAGUUCCUCUAUUUCUGACAGUUCUCUGACAGCUUCUUCACAUGUACAGCGGUUGAAACAUCUGUAUCCUAAAUGGAAACUAAUA